GCCUCGGCCAGCAGGCGGUUCGGAGCUGCGGCCAUGGUGAAGCGCAAAAGCUCGGAGGACGUGGACCGGGAGUGCGGCCGCGGCAUCCCUCUGCCCAUCCAGACCUUCUUGUGGCGGCAGACCAGCGCAUUUCUGAGACCAAAGCUGGGAAAACAGUAUGAAGCCUCCUGUGUGUCUUUUGAGCGUGUGCUGGUGGAAAGUAAGUUGCAUGGUCUCUCACCUGCACUCUCGGAAGCCAUCCAGAGCAUUACACGUUGGGAACUGAUACAGGCUGCCCUUCCACAUGUGCUCCACUGCACUGCCACACUACUGUCAAACCGGAAUAAACUUGGCCACCAAGAUAAGCUGGGUGUCGCAGAGACCAAGCUUCUUCAUACGUUGCACUGGAUGCUGUUGGAUGCUCCUUAUGAAUGCAGUAAUGAAACUACAGCUGCUUUCAGUACUGGUGGAGGUGGAUCCAGUUGGUCCGGGAGCAGUAGUGCUUUUAUUCAUCAAGUGGAGAAUCAGGGAUCUCCAGGCCAACCCAGGCAUUACAAUGUCACAGAGGAUGAAGAGCACCCCAGACCCAAGUUAUUCACAAAUUCAAUGGCCACUGUAGAACUCUUUGUCUUCUUGUUUGCACCUCUUGUUCACAGAAUCAAGGAAUCUGAUCUUAUGUUUCGCCUGGCUAGUGGCCUUGUGAUUUGGCAACCUAUGUGGGAGCACAAACAUCCAGAAGCACCAGCAUUUACUGCUCUUGUAAAGCCUGUUAGAAGUAUUGUCACAGCCAAGAGAACAUCACCCUUAAACAACAGAGGAAUAUCUUGCAAUUUGGAUAAAGCAGAAACAACAGGUUUUCAGGUGGUUUGUGAAACCAGUCAGUUGGAAUCUAUAGCUCCAGAAGUCAGGACACAGAGCUCACAACUAAAAAAUUCACCUGAAGCUGCGGGUGCUUCCAAGGACAAAAGAGCCUCUAACUCCAGAACUUCAUUAACCGUUCCACUGAGUCAAAGGUCUCGGUACGCCACCUAUUUUGACAUUGCUGUAUUGCGUUGUCUGCUGCAACCCCACUGGUCAGAGGAAGGUAUCCACUGGGCAUUGAUGUAUUAUUUGCAAAGACUUCGACGGAUUUUGGAGGAGAAACCUGAUAGGCCGACUGAACCAGAGAUAAGCCAUUUGCCCAGACCACGCAGUAGCUCCAUGGUAGCAGCAGCUCCCUCUCUGGUUAAUACCCAUAAAACACAGGAUCUUACUUUGAAAUGUAAUGAAGAGGAGAAGUCACUGAGUUCUGAAACAUUUGCAAAGUUGUCGGUGACAAAUCUCAGAAGGCAGGCUGUUCCAGACCUUUCUACUGAUCUUGGAAUGAACAUCUUUAAAAAGUUCAAGAGUCGUAAAGAGGACCGUGAACGCAAAGGCUCUAUCCCAUUCCAUCACCCAGGUAAAAAGAGGCAACGGCGAAUGGGAAUGCCUUUCCUCCUACAUGAGGAUCAUUUAGAUGUAUCACCAACACGAAGUACUUUCUCAUUUGGGAGCUUUUCUGGAACUGGAGAGGAAAGACGUUUGGACAGAGGAGGCUGGCAAGCUACAAUACUGGGAAAAUUCACUCGGCGAGGCAGUUCAGAUACGGCAACAGAAAUGGAAAGCAUGAGUACUAAACAUUCUCAUUCCCAUCACACCUUGCUGAGUGACAUACCUGAUCACUCUAACAGUCAUGGAGAUAACACGGUUAAAGAAGUGAGAUCACAGAUUUCCACAAUUACAGUAGCAACUUUCAACACCACUGUAGCCUCGUUCAAUGUGGGAUAUUCGGAUUUCUUCAGUGAACACAUGCGAAAACUAUAUAACCAAGUGGCUAUACCGGAAUUGCCCCAUGAGCCACUGGCAUGUGCCAACUUGCCCCGCAGUCUGACUGAUUCCUGUAUAAACUAUACCUGCCUUGAAGAAACAGAAAACAUGGAAGGAACUAACAACUUUGUCAAGAAAAAUGGAAUGCUUGAUCUAAUGGUCAUUCUGAAAGCUUUAUUCAUGGUGCUUAACCAUGAUAUUAGUUCUCGGAUAUGUGAUGUUGGGCUAAACAUUAUAGACUGCUUGCUGCAAUUGGAUGUGGUUCAAAUAGUGGAUAAGAAUUACAAAACUGCAGAAAACAAGGAGAAUAAUGUAGGUGACAAGUGGCAGAAAGAUGCAGCCAAUCAUCAGCGAGGAGCACCAGGAGGGUCAUCCAGUGCAUUUCCAGCUGCACCAGAGGAAGGAGUUGGAAGUGCGGCUGCAAGUGGAGGCAGAGGAGGUGGUGGAGGAGGAGACGAUGGAAACAAAAAAAGCGGAAGUCUAGAGGAGGAAGAUGUCCCAGGGAACAUUCAUAAACUUACAUUAACAAUGCUUAUCAAAAUUGUAAAAUCGUUGGGAUGUGCAUACGGUUGUGGUGAGGGCCACCGUGGUCUGUCGGGAGAUCGUCUCCGCCUUCAGGCUCAGAACUGCCUUACAAGAUUGUACAAACUUAGCAAAGUACAGUUUCGACAAACUCUACGGGAGUAUGUAAACAAGGAUUCAUUGAAUAACGUAGUGGAUUUUUUGCAUGCUUUGCUUGGGUUUUGUAUGGAACCAGUUACUGACAAUAUCCGAUCGGGUUUGGUUAUAUGCCGUUGUUUGCAAGAUAAGGCUGGGUUUGGAAAUAAUUUUACAACUGGCGACAGUAAAUCAGCUACACGGAAUAUGGAAGCAAUUAUUGUGAGCUGCAUGUUCAAACCUCUAAUCACCCGAUGUGCAUCAACUACACAUGAACUGCAUAGUGCCGAGAAUCUGGGUCUUUAUUGUGACAUUCGUCAGCUUGUUCAAUUCAUCAAAGAAGCUCAUGGGAAUGUUUUUCGAAGAGUGACACUCAGUGCUCUCCUAGAUAGUGCAGAAAAAGUAACACCUGGUAAGAAACCUGAAGAAACUGAGGAAAAGAAAGUGUCUGUCAGCAAAAGGACUGAUGGAGGGUCAGCUACUGAGAAAGCACAAGCCUCAGCAGCACCAGACGAAUGUCGCAGUGUUAUCUCCAGUCGUCCUCCUCAGACCCCAGAACAUGAGGAACAAAUUCCAGGAGCUCUUUUGGGUCGAAAGGACUUUUGGCGCAAAAUGUUUAAAUCACAGAGUGCUGCAAGUGAUACAAGCAGCCAGUCUGAGCAAGACACUUCAGAAUGCACAACUGCUCAUUCUGGAACCACCACAGACAGGCGCUCGCGCUCACGAUCCAGAAGAAUUUCCCUGAGGAAGAAGCUCAAACUCCCUAUAGGAAACUGGUUGAAACGGUCUUCAUUAUCAGGGCUAACAGAUGGUGUUGAAGACCUUUUGGACAUAAGCUCGGUGGAUAGACUUUCAUUUAUACGCCAGAAUUCAAAGGUGAAAUUUAAUAGUGCAGUAAAGCUGUCUGAAGGUGAGGGCCUAGAAGAUGGGCGAGAUGAAGAGGAGAACUUCUUCAAGCGACUUGGUAAAUGGCGUUCUGGCCGAAGGAAUCCAUCAAAGCUUCAUCAUCCAGAAGAGAAAGAUGGUUGUCGUAGUUUUGAGGAGCACUUGGAAGCUAGUCAGGAAGGAAGCAAGAGUAAGAAUAUCUUGAACCUUGGGGCCAUUAGACAAGGCAUGAAACGAUUCCAAUUUCUUCUAAACUGCUGUGAACCUGGAACAAUCCCUGAUGCUUCAAUACUGGCUGCAGCUCUUGACCUGGAAGCUCCAGUAGUAGCAAGGGCAGCACUAUUCAUAGAGUGUGCCCGGUUUGUGCAUCGAUGCAACCGUGGAAACUGGCCGGAGUGGAUGAAAGGACACCAUGUUAGUAUAACUAAAAAGGGUUUGUCGCGAGGAAGGUCGCCCAUUGUUGGAAAUAAGCGUAAUCAGAAAUUACAGUGGAAAGCAGCAAAGCUCUUCUGUCAGUGGGGUGAGGCUAUUGGAACCAGGCUAAAUGAGCUGUGCCAUACGGAGAGUGAGAGCCCAGCAAACAUACUCAGUUUCAUUUAUGAUGAUGAGACUAAGCGACGUUUGAGGAAAGAAGACGAAGAAGAGGAUUUCCUUGAUGACAGUACUGUUAAUCCCACCAAGUGCGGCUGUCCAUUUGCACUGAAGAUGGCAGCCUGCCAGCUUCUGCUAGAGAUCACAACAUUCCUUCGAGAAACGUUUCCUUGCUUGCCUCGACCACGUACUGAGCCUCUUGUUGAUUUGGAAAGCUGCAGACUUCGUCUUGAUCCUGAAUUAGAUCGACAUAGAUAUGAACGCAAAAUCAGUUUUGCAGGAAUUAUUGAUGAUGAGCAAGAUUCAAAGGAUUCACCUCACAGCAGCAGUCACACUCUUAAAUCAGAUACAGCCUGUGAUGAGAAGAAAGGGCCUGUUAGAAAAGCAAGGCCAGGAGGUUCCCGUCUACUUCAGAUAAAGGGGGCACGAAGUUUUCGAGUAAAGAAAGGUGGAUCUUUGUCAAGUAUACGUCGAGCAGGGAGUUUGAAGAGCACAAAACUUUCACGACAAGACUCUGAGUCAGAAAAUGAAGAGCUUCUAUUGUCUCAAAGCCAUGACACUGUUACUGAUAUAGGAGACGAAUCGCAAGGUAGCCCUUGGAGUACUAGUGAACCUAGUAUUGAACCAGAAAGAUUGAGCACAGGAGGGACAGAAGAAAAUUACCACAGAAACAUGACAUGGUUACCAGUUAUGAUAUUGUUAUGCAGCCAACAAAGUUUCAUCUGUUGCCAUAUUGAUUACUGCCACCCGUGUUGCUACCAGCAUCACAGCCGAUCUUGUGCUCGCCUUGUAAGGGCAAUCAAACUCCUCUAUGGAGACACUGUUGAGACAGUCCGCGAUGAUGAUUCUGGAAGUAAAAUAGGAUUGAGACCCAAGAAAUCCAAAGAGUGCUCUGACAAGUCUUGCCUCCGUACGCCUUUGAGGAAAAGGAUACCUGUUACAAGUCUGGAUGGGAAAAAGGAUUCCGGAAUGUUGAAAUAUAUUAGGACUCAGGUAAUGAGCCUGUCGCCAGCCCCUCUGUCUUUGUUAAUCAAAGCUGCACCCAUUCUAACCGAGGACAUGUAUGGAGACAUACAGCCUGCAGCAUGGGAGCUUCUACUCAGUGUGGAUGAACACAUGGCUGCUGCAGCUGCUGCUAUGUUUUUGUUGUGUGCGGUAAAAGUUCCUGAUGCUGUAUCUGAUAUGGUGAUGUCGGAAUUUCACCAUCCAGAAGCAGUACAACGAAUCAAUGCUAUUGUGAAAUUUAACACACUCUGGAGAUUCAGGUACCAAGUCUGGCCACGGAUGGAAGAAGGUGCACAACAGAUCUUUAAGAUUCCACCUCCAAGCAUAAACUUCACAUUACCUUCUCCAAUUUUGGGUAUGCCAUCUAUACCGAUGUUUGAUCCCCCUUGGGUUCCCCAGAGCACAGGACGUGUACAGGACCCAAUCAGUGAAGAUCAAUCUAAAUCCUUUUCGGCUCGUGCAGUUUCCCGAUCUCAUCAGCGAGCAGAGCAUAUUCUGAAGAACUUGCAGCAGGAGGAGGAGAAGAAGCGACUGGGUAGAGAAGCCAGCUUAAUCACAGCCAUUCCCAUCACACAAGAAGCAUGCUAUGAACCCAUUAACACUCCACCACCAGAAAUGGAGGAGGAAGUUGAGGAUGCUGCAAACUUAGCUUCCCGUCGGCUGUCUGUUAGUCCAUCCUGCACGUCCAGUACCUCCCAUAGAAAUUACUCAUUCCGCCGAGGCUCUGUGUGGUCAGUGCGAUCAGCGGUCAGUGCUGAAGAUGAGGAAGAUGCAACAGAGAACACUCCAACACAUCAUGUAUUACAGCCUCCUCAAGCUGUAUUUCCUGCAUGCAUUUGUGCCACUGUGCUCCCGAUUGUUCACCUCAUGGAGGAUGGAGAAGUACGAGAAGAUGGUGUGGCAGUGAGUGCAGUAGCCCAGCAGGUAUUGUGGAACUGUUUGAUUGAAGACCCCGCACUUGUUCUUCGCCAUUUUCUGGAGAAGCUCACCAUCAGUAACCGUCAGGAUGAACUGAUCUACAUGCUGCGAAAACUUCUGUUGAAUAUCGGAGAUAUGCCAGCUCAGACAUCUCAUAUACUUUUCAACUAUCUGGUUGGCCUGAUUAUGUAUUUUGUGCGCACCCCUUGUGAAUGGGGCAUGGAUGCAAUCUCAGCCACUGUCACCUUUCUAUGGGAAGUUGUGGUUUAUGUCGAAGGACUUUUCUUCAAAGACCUGAAGCAAACAAUGAAAAAAGAACAGUGUGAAGUCAAGCUGCUUGUCACAGCCUCAAUGCCAGGCACAAAGACUUUGGUUGUUCAUGGACAGAAUGAAUGUGAUAUUCCGACACAACUUCCUGUGCAUGAAGAUACACAAUUUGAAGCUGUUCUAAAGGAAUGUUUGGAGUUUUUUAAUAUUCCUGAAGCUCAGUCAAACCAUUACUUUUUGAUGGAUAAACGCUGGAACCUGAUACACUAUGCUAAAACCUAUGUACGAGACAUUUACCCAUUUCGCCGAUCAGUCUCACCACAGUUGAACCUUGUCCACAUGCUUCCAGCUAAAGGACAAGAACUAAUCCAAAAACAGGUAUUUACACGGAAACUGGAGGAGCUUGGGCGAGUGAUGUUUCUGAUGUCCCUUACUCAACACAUACCAGCUGUACACAAACAGUCCCAUGUAUCCUUGCUUCAAGAAGAUCUGCUCAGAUUACCAUCAUUUCCUCGCAAUGCGGUAGAUGCAGAAUUUUCCUUGUUUGCUGAUCAUCAAGGGAAAGAGCUAUUUGGACUUGAUACUCUCCAUAAGAGUAUGUGGAUCAAGCUAUUAGAAGAGAUGUUUUUGGGAAUGCCGAGUGAAUAUCCGUGGGGCGAUGAGAUCAUGCUGUUCCUGAACGUGUUUAAUGGGGCUUUAAUUCUCCAUCCAGAGGACAGUGCAUUGCUUCGACAGUAUGCUGCUACAGCAAUCAACACGGCAGUGCACUUCAACCAUCUUUUCUCACUGAGCGGUUACCAGUGGAUCCUUCCUUCCAUGCUUCAAGUCUAUGCUGAUUACGAAAGUAAUCCGUUACUACGCCAAGCAAUUGAGUUUACAUGUCGACAGUUUUACAUAUUGCAUCGAAAACCUUUUAUCCUCCAGUUAUUUGCCAGUGUAGCACCAUUGCUGGAAUUCUCAGAUGUAUCAAACAAUGGAUCAUCGAAGGGUGUAUCUUCUCAAUGUUUGUUUGAUCUCUUGGUAUCCUUGGAGAGUGAUACACAAGACAUAUUGGAUGUACUGGAAUUAGUAAAAGCUGAGAAGCCUCUAAAAUCGCUAGAUUUCUGCUAUGGAAAUGAAGAUCUUGCCUUCUCCAUCAGUGAAGCUAUCAAGCUAUGUGUUACUGUAGUCGCCUAUGCUCCAGAAUCACUAAGAAGUCUGCAAAUGCUGAUGGUUCUCGAAGCACUAGUACCUUGUUACCUACAGAAACUAAAGAAACAAACUUUUGAAUUGGAGUCAGCAUCUGCAGCACGGGAUGAAAUCACUGCCAUUGCUUCACUUGCUACAUCUAUACAAGCUCUGUUGUACAGUGUUGAAUCGCUCACCCGGCCAAUGACGGCUCCUCAGAUGAGCAGGUCUGACCAAGGUCACAGAGGAGCUCCAACAGCCAACCAUGCCAUGUCUGGAGGAGUCAACACAAGAGAUAACCUACAUUUGUUGGAAGAGGGCCAGAGUCUUCCAACUGAAGAACUGGAUGAACGCAUAGCAAGAGAGGAAUUCCGCAGACCUCGGGAGUCACUCUUAAAUAUUUGCACUGAGUUCUUCAAGCACUGUGGCUCAAGGUUGAAAAUUCUGCAGAAUAUGGCUGGAGAGCCAAGGGUCACUGCUUUUGAACUUCUUGAUGUGAAGUCACAUAUGAGGCUGGCCGAAAUAGCGCAUUCCCUUCUGAAGCUGGCACCAUAUGACACGCAAACUAUGGAGAGCCAUGGACUUCGAAGAUACAUUAUGGAAAUGCUUCCAGUCACUGAUUGGACGACAGAAGCUGUGCGGCCAGCUCUCAUUUUAAUCUUAAAGCGAUUAGAUCGAAUGUUCAAUAAGAUUCACAAGAUGCCGACUUUACGGCGCCAGGUGGAAUGGGAAGCUGCCAGCAGUUUAAUAGAAGGGAUUUGCUUAACACUUCAGCGACAGCCGAUCAUUUCAUUCCUGCCACAUCUUAGGUCAUUGAUUAAUGUCUGUGUUAAUUUGGUAAUGGGUGUUGUUGGACCAUCAAGUGUUGCUGACGGUCUCCCUCUUCUGCACCUGAGUCCAUACCUUUCUCCUCCACUGCCCUUCAGCACAGCUGUCGUUAGACUUGUUGCUUUACAAAUUCAGGCUUUGAAAGAAGAUUUCCCUUUAAGCCAUGUGAUUUCCCCAUUCACUAAUCAAGAAAGAAGGGAAGGGAUGCUUCUGAACCUUCUGAUACCAUUUGUGCUAACAGUUGGAACUGGGAGCAAAGAUAGCCCAAACUUGGAGCAGCUUGAGGUAUUCCUGCUAUUACAGACAGUAAUUAAUAUCCUUCUCCCACCACGAAUCAUCAGUACUUCCCGUAGCAAAAACUUCAUGCUGGAGAACUCUCCAGCACAUUGUUCAACUCCAGGGGAUACUGCAAAGGACUUGCGGAGGGAAGGAUUAACCGAAUCAACAAGCCAAGCAGCUUACUUGGCAUUAAAGGUGAUCCUUGUGUGCUUUGAACAUCAUUUGGGCAGCCAGUGGUACAAGCUCAGUUUACAAGUUAAAGAAAUGGCACUACGGAAGGUUGGAGGUCUUGCCAUGUGGGAUUUCAUAGACUUUAUAGUGAGAACAAGAAUCCCUAUCUUUAUUCUUCUGCGUCCUUUUAUACAGUGCAAGCUGCUAAGUCAACCAGCAGAAAAUCAUGAGGAAGUAACUGCUCGGCAUCACAUUAUAGACCAGUUGGAGCGCCGAUUUAUUCCAAGGCCACUCAGCAAGAGCUCACUUGUCGCUGAGUUUAACAGUGAAUUAAAAAUCUUGAAGGAGGCGGUACACAGUGGAUCAGCAUACCAAGGCAAACCUUCCAUCAGCACUGUGGGAACUUCCACAUCAGCUUACCGCUUGAGUCUGGCCACCAUGUCUCGUUCAAACACGGGGACGGGCACUGUGUGGGAGCAGGAUAGCCAACCUUCUCAUCAGGCCUCUCAGGACACACUAAGCAGGACUGAUGAGGAGGAUGGUGAAAACGACACUGUAAGCAUGCCUAGUGUGGUUAGUGAACAAGAAGCAUAUCUGGCCAGCAGCAUUCAAGGCCGCCGUCGAUUUUCCAGCCACAUCUCUACCAUGUCUGCUCCUCAGUCCGAUUCAGGCCCCAGAAUUUUGCCCUGCCACAGUGAACCUAAUGUCCUCGAUGAAUCCCAGGGGCUGGCUGCUGAGAUUAACCUUUCUAGGGUUGCGAGUGUACAAAGUGAACCUGGUCAGCAGAAUCUUCUUAUCCAACAACCUUUGGGAAGAAAGAGAGGUCUAAGACAGCCUCGGCGUGCUCUCCUCUCUCGGCCCAAGUUACAGACCGAUGUAAGAGGACGACAGGGGGCACGGUUGUCCACUACCAGACGAGGCAUCCAGCCAAAAGCUAAACCUCUUGAGCAAAAGAGAUCAGUGACCUUCACUGAAAUGCAACAGGAGAGCAUGGCCACUCAGCAACAGGCAACCAUUGUAGAAGGAAAGGAAAGUGCACCAGAGCAAACGGAGGGCAGCGUUCCAGGAUCUGCCGCAGAGCCAUCUUCAACCCCCACUUCACCUGUUUCAGCAGCACCACUUGCAUGCCCUUCAAAUCAGGAUCCAGGCAUGCUCGAGAGCAGCCAGGUGAAGCCAGCGUUUUCAGAGAGUGCACAUAAAGAUCGUAACAAAGAAAACAUGGUGCAAAUUCAGACAGAGCCACCAGAACAGGUCUCACUUCUUCACAGUGAAGGCAUUGGAGGUCUUGAAAUAAGCAACUUACCUGAACAUCAAGAAACUGCCCUGUACAUCAGUGAAGAGGAUGGGACAGAAAAUCCUCUCCUUUCGAAUCCAUUAGUUAUGUCACAUGAUGAAUCUGGUGAGACUAAUGCAAGUACGGAUGAAUCCCACGUUUAAAGCAGUAUUCCCCUGGGACGGAGAACUUUUCGUCCUCCUUCAUUGUAAUUCAAGUUCCAUCAUUUUUUCAGUAAAUGUUACGAUCAGUAAUAUGGUUCAUGUCGGCUAACUGACUAGUCCUGUGUAAACUGUGUUAUUGUCUAGAUCUUUUAACAAAGGUAUUUAUUCCUGAUGUUUCAAGAUAGCUGGUCAAAGUCAAAAAUGUAUGUGAAAAUAUUGUCUGCUGGAAAACUAAUUUGGUGAAUUUCAUUCUCAUAAAUUUUAUUAGUAGUUUACAGAAUUUGUUGAUCCAAGGCAACUGCGGAACAAUGUGCCAUCAUGUGACUAGUGCAAGGAACUAUUCAUUAACAUUCCAAAGCUUAGUCGGUGAAUUACCAGCCAUAAAUGUAUUGCUUUAAUGAAGUCUGAUUCGUGAUUUGUGUGUCUCAAGUCUUGAUGGUCUGUUGUAAAAUAGCACCACUGGAAACAAAUUAUUGCCUUAUGAGUGUAUUGUACUACAGAAGUGAACUCGUUUUAUGUGAAUCAGCUUAUAGAGUCAGAUCAUGUAAUAUACAAUAAAGCCAAGUUAUUUGUCUUCCAGAUCUAACUUGUCAGGAAUUUUGCUAUUUCAAUCUAAUGCCAGUGAGUAGCAUAAACCGUAUCUCAGUUUGUUAUUUACAUUGUAGUUGCUUUCUUUUCCUUUGUAACCCUAGAUAAGACAAAACCUUGAAAACUUUCGAUGAUUUGUAAUUAUGGUGGACAUUGAGAUGCAUAUUUCAGUGUUAAUGUGACGUGUCUAAAAUAUUAUGGGAGUAUUAAUCAACAAUAGAGUUAUUUAGUUCAGUUUGUCAUUUACGUGAACUACCUAACCUGAACAGAUACAGAAGGUAACGUAACUCCUGUAUUGAUUUCAGAUUCUGUGAUUUACAUCCUUUCCAAAAUGUGAUGGUUAUUGAUUUGGAAUUGGUUUAUUUAGAUAAGCUUUUCUUGCAUACUGUUCAUACAAAUGAAAUCGUUAACAUAGUGUAACUAUGCUGCCAGUGUAACCAUGAAGGUAGAUAAAUCACCUGGACCAAAUGGUCCACACCCAAGGGUUCUGAAAGUUUGUGGAGGCAUUAGUAAUGAUCUUUCAACAAUCAAUAGAUUCUGGCAUGUUU